AACAAUCCGAAACCCGUUAAGUCCCAAAACAAAGAACCAAUUGAGUUUCACCCUCUCGCCCAGAACUCUAUCCAUUUCGAUGUCCUUUUCUCUUGUUCUCUUCUUGCUUUCUUUCUUCUGAGAAAGAGAGCUCGCAAGGUGUUCGAUCAAUUGCCUCAAAGAAAUCCAAGCACUGCUUCCAUUGCUCGCAAGGUGUUCGAUUGAUUGCCUCAAUGGCUUUCUCUCCAUCUCUACUCCACCAUCCUCGGAUUCAUCCUCCAAAACCAGCGCACAGCUUCCUCAACUCCGCUCGCAAGACACUGCACGCGCGCGCUGUGUCAUUUGCUUCCCAGGUUCCUGAUUCCACUCUAAUUCAUCAAGUUCCACCGGAUUUCACCCCCAAGGAUUUGCUUUCCAUCCUUCGCCGCCAGAAAGAUCCGUCCUCUGCUGUUCACUUACUCAAUUGGGCAUCCAAGCAGGAGAAUUUCAGUCCCAACCCUUCUUUUUAUGAAGAAAUCCUGCAGAUUCUUGGAAAAGCUGGGUUUUUUGAUGACAUGAAGCUUGUUUUGAAGGAAAUGCAGACCUCUGGAUGCAAGCUCAAUCAAGGUAGUUUCCUGAUUCUCAUUGAGAGUUAUUCGGAAUUCCAGUUGUUUGAUUUAGCCAUAGAUGUUGUUCUUGAGCUGAUGCCAGAGUUUGGGGUGAAACCUGAUUGUCAUAGUUAUAAUCAUCUGCUAAACAUCCUUGUUGAUGAAAACAAGCUCAAAUUAGUUGAGUCUUUGUAUUCUUCAAUGAGUAGCAGAGUUGUGCAACCUGAUGUUUCUACAUUCAAUAUCUUGAUCAAGGCAUUGUGUAAAACUCAUCAAAUUAAGCCUGCGAUAGCGAUGAUCCGAGAGAUGUCGAGGUAUGGUUUGUCGCCUGAUGAGAUAACCUUCACAACCAUAAUGCAGGGUUAUAUUGAGCAAGGUGAUAUGGAAGGAGCUAUGAAGAUGAAAUCUAGAAUGUUGAGUAUGGGUUGUUGUCCUACAACUGUUACCGUGAAUGUUCUCUUGCAUGGGUUUUGCAAGCUCGGGAGAAUUGAAGAAGCUCUUAUCUUUAUACAAGAAGAGUUGUCGAAAGGCUUUUCCCCGGAUAAGUUCACUUUCAAUGCAUUGGUCAAUGGUUUGUGUAGGGCUGGACAUGUUGAGCAUGCUCUUGAGACAAUGGAUGUGAUGCUUCAGGAGGGAUACGAUCCCGAUGUUAUCACCUAUAACAGUUUGAUAUCGGGCUUGUGUAAGUUAGGCGAGAUCGAAGAAGCCAUGGCAGUUCUCAAGCAGAUGAUCCAGAGGGAUUGUUUGCCGAAUAUGGUCACCUAUAACGCUCUUAUUAGCACUUUAUGCACUAAAAACAAGUUUGAUGAAGCCAUGGAGCUCGCCCGUGGAUUCACUCUCAAAGGUCUUUUACCAGAUGUUUAUACUUUCAAUUCGUUGAUCAGUAGCCUCUGCAAAGCGGGGGAUCUUGAUAUUGCAAUGGAGUUGUUUGAGGAGAUGAAGAAAAAUGAGUGCACUCCCAAUGUAUUUACAUACAAUAUACUUAUUGACCAUCUUUGUGCCAUUAAGAGAUUGAACAAAGCUCUGGGCUUACUGAAGGAAAUGGAAGCCAAUGGUUGCGCUCGGACUGUGGUGACAUAUAAUACCCUCAUCGCCGGCCUCUGCAAGAACAUGAGAAUUGAAGAUGCGGAAGACAUGUUCGACCAGAUGGAAGAACAAGGGAUUUCGAGGAAUUUGGUGACUUACAACACAUUGAUAGAUGGUUUAUGCAAAAGCAAGAGACUUGAUGAAGCAACAGAGCUAAUGGAUCAGAUGAUAAUGGAAGGUUUGAAACCCAAUAAGCUUACAUACAAUUCUUUGCUCACAUAUUACUGCAAAGAAGGAAACAUACAGAAGGCAGCAGAUAUUGUCCAAAUGAUGAGUUCCAAUGGCUGUGAAGCCGAUUUAGUCACUUACGGAACUCUCAUCAGUGGUUUGUGUAAAGCCGGAAGAGUACAAGUUGCUUGUAAGCUUCUUAGAAGCAUACAAAUGAAAGGAAUGAUCCCAACUCCGAAAGCAUAUAACCCGGUAAUUCAAGCAUUAUUUAAGCAAAGAAAAACUAGAGAAGCAGUGAGGCUCUUUAGGGAGAUGAUUGCAAAAGGCGAACCCCCGGAUGCCAUUACAUACAAGAUUGUUUUCCGAGGUCUCUGCCUUGGAGGAGGACCUAUCCGGGAGGCUAUCGAUUUUCUCUUCGAAAUGACUGAGCAUGGAUUUGUUCCUGAAUUUUCUUCCUUUUCAAUGUUAGCUGAAGGUCUCUUGGCCUUGGGCAUGGAGGAUACCCUUCCGAGAGUUAUGGAUCCAAUUAUGAAGAAUGCUGGUUUUGCAGACAGUGAAGUUGCUAUGGUUGUUGGUUUUCUUAAGAUUCAGAAAUUCCAUGAUGCAUUGACAACCUUUGGAAAUCUACUGAACAGCAAGAGACCAGGAAAGUUUCACAGGUGAGUCUUUUAAUCCAAAGAACAAACAAACACUCUUUAGUUGUGAAAGAUGAUUGCAUUGCAGUGAGGAUUUAAUGGUUUUGGCCAAGAGAUUGAUUGCAUUACUCUCAUGGAAAAGAGAUCAAGUUAAGCAAGAACUUUGCCAAAUUUUGAUUUUAAGAGACACUACUUAUUAACAGUGUAUUAUUAAUAUGAAUCAUGUUAAAUUU